GCGCAGAAGCCACCGCAGCCGCGCCUGCGCAGACCCGAGCUCUUGUUCCUCGCAGCCGCAGUGACACAGCUGCCAGCCGGGAGGAGCAAGAUGGCGGCGGCUGCGGCUACAGCUCCGAACGGCGGCGGGAUGGAGGUGGACGGGGCGGUGCUCCCCACGGUGAUGGCGCAGGGAGUCACGGGCAGCGUGGCUGUAGCCUUACACCCGCUAGUCAUUCUAAAUAUUUCCGAUCACUGGAUACGAAUAAGAUCGCAAGAAGGUCGCCCGGUGCAAGUGAUCGGCGCUCUCAUUGGGAAGCAAGAGGGAAGAAAUAUAGAGGUAAUGAACUCGUUCGAGCUCCUGUCUCAGAAUGUCGAGGACAAGAUCAUCAUCAACAAGGAAUAUUAUUAUACUAAGGAGGAGCAGUUUAAACAAGUGUUUAAAGACAUGGAGUUCCUGGGCUGGUACACAACCGGAGGACCCCCAGAACCGUCUGACAUUCACAUUCACAAACAGGUUUGUGAGAUUAUCGAGUCCCCGCUCUUCCUGAAGUUGAACCCAAUGACCAAGCACACAGAUCUUCCGGUCAGUGUUUACGAGUCAGUGAUCGAUAUUGUGAAUGGAGAGGCCACCAUGCUUUUGGCUGAACUUCCAUACACUUUGGCAACAGAGGAAGCAGAAAGAAUCGGCGUUGACCAUGUGGCUCGAAUGACGGCAACAGGCAGCGGAGAGAACUCGACAGAUUAUAUGGCUGCCUGGAUGAGGUUGGCGCAGUUAAGCUGUAACAUCUCUGAUCUUCUUUUUUCAGGAGAGGUUCCCUUCAAUCACGAGAUUCUUCGGGAGGCCUCGGCUUUGUGUCAUUGCCUCCCUGUACUCAGCACAGACAAGUUCAAGACAGAUUUUUAUGAUCAAUGCAACGACGUGGGCUUGAUGUCCUACCUGGGAACCAUCACCAAGACCUGCAACACCAUGAACCAGUUUGUCAACAAAUUCAAUAUUCUGUAUGACCGCCAGGGGAUUGGAAGGAGAAUGAGAGGCCUCUUCUUCUGAAUGGUCUUCUGAUGAAAGCAAUACGUGACCAUGCUUCUUUUCUGUGAUUUAAAUGGACUUUAGCAAGGAAAACAGCAACCUUUUGCUCUGUUAUGUUGUUAUUAUAGGAAAUAAAUGA